UCCCAGGGUAAGUUGAGUGGGAAGGGGAGAAGGGGGCUGAAGCCACCAGGGAAAGUUGAGGGAUGGGCAAUAGAGGCAUGUGCAGGCAUCACUGUAAGUUGGGUGAGAGGGGAGGCUGGAGCCCUUCUGGGUUGGUUGAGUGGGGAGAGGAGCGUGAGUUGAGCGAGAGUUGGAGGAGAAGGGGGGCUGAACUCCUGGGAAGGGAAGGGACUGAAAGCCCUAUGGUGAGUGGAAGGGAAGGGCAGAGCCUAGAGCUCCACAUGAUGGGCAGCAAAUGAUGAUGCCCCACGUGUUGCCUGAUGCUAUAUGCCCUAUCAUGUGGGAUGUUGGUCCAACCUUUUCCAAGGUGAGGCAUGCAAGGGGAAUACUGACCGGGGAAUCAAGGUGAGGCAGGGGAGGGGGUCUCUGACCCCAAGUUAGAUUGUGAGGUAAGGGAGGGAGUUUGAAAUCCCAAGUUACAGGGAGGGGGUUUCAGACUGCUAGUUACAGUGUGAGGUAAGGGAGGGGGUUUCAGACCCCCAAGUUGCAACUUGAGGUAAGUGAGGAAAUACUUGGUUUCAGACCUCAAGUGACAGUGCGAGGCAAGGGAGGGGUUUCCAGACUGUAAGGUGAGUGGGAAGGGUGGGCUUCAGACUUAACUCAGACCCCUGACUGUAAGUUGAGUGGGAAGGGUGGGCUUCAGACUUAACUCAGACCCCUGACUGUAAGUUGAGUGGGAAGGGUGGGCUUCAGACUUAACUCAGACCCCUGACUGUAAGUUGAGUGGGAAGGGUGGGCUUCAGACUUCAACUCAAACCCCGACUGUAAGUUGAGUGGGAAGGGUGGGUUGAGAGGUAUGGUGAGUGGUGGAGGUGUUGGAGGCGGGGGAGAGACCAUGUGAGGUGGGUGAGGAAUGGGUGGGGUUGGAGGGAGGAGAGGAGGCACCUAGAAACAACCAGACACAACCGCACAUCACUGCUCGUCAUCGCCCGUCGCCCGUCACCGCCCCCUGCCCCCCCCCACCCAUCACCGCUCAUCACAGGCUGCCCAUCGCCCGUCACUGCCGGCUACCGCCCGCCAGCCGUCUUCUUCCGUCACCGCCCACACCGUCCGUCACCUCCCAUCACCGCCCAUCACUGCACGCCACUGCCCGUCAACGCCCCUUGCGCCCUCCACCGCCAGCCACCGCUCAUCGCCCGCCGCGUUCCAGCGCACGCCACCACCCGCCACCGCCCGUCACCGCCCAUCACCAACCACCACCGCCCGUCAUCGCUAGUUAACGCCCAAAACAGCCCAUCACCGCCCGCCGCCGCCCGCCACCUCCUGCCACCCGUCACCUCCCGUCACUGCCUGCCACCGCUUGUCACCUUCUUUUAGACCCGUUUGAGGGUUACCGUUAUCUCCCGGCAAUACCGGUAGGACCCUAGGUUUCGCAAAAAAAUCAGGGAACAUCGACUAGGUGGACAGUAAGGCGGAAGGGAAAUUUUAAGACCCAUGUUCAUUUAAUUAUUACGUAAGGAUGUGGAUUUAUCGUUCUGUAGCCUUUUUAAUGGGCUUUUACAUGGGGGCUUUUGUUUGAAACGGGGGGGGCACAUUCUUAUCCUCGGCUUGUGGAACUAUCAUGAGGGACACGCAAGAGUCGUCGCGCCGGAGUUUCCCGGUGCCACAAUUCCCCGAGGAGCUCAUCAACCAGGGCGUCGAGGUUCGGCGUCCUCUCAACUCGCGCGCUCCUGAGAACCGUGGCAGAGUCACCACGCACCGUCGCACUUCUCGCACCAUGGCAGAGAAAAUCGGGUGGCUACAGAGGAUGCGUGAUGAACAUCUCUCCGUGCGAGCGGUGGCACGCGAAGCGGGCAUCGAGCCGGUCAGCAUCCGCCAUUGGAGGAACCAGGAAGCUGACAUGGCGCGCGCUGCUGGUUCUAGGCGACGGCUGAGUGGUGCUGGACGAGCCGCCAAGCAUCCCGACAUGGAGAUGUCGGUGUACCGGCGAUUCCUCUCCCACCGUGCUCGAGGUCUUGCUGUCCCUAUCUCCCUCCUGCAGGCUUGGAGCCGCCAGUUCAUUAGGUCCCACCACCCCACGGUGGACUGGAGAGCCUCGCCGAGCUGGACCUUCUGCUUCCGCGUGAGGUGGGGCCUGACCGUUCACGUGAAGACGAAGAUAGGGCAGCGUCUAACUCGUGAUUGCAAACAGACGAGUGAGAACUUCUGGCGUUUUGUUCGCAAGCAGGUGAUUGAAAGCGGGAUUGACCCGUGGAACAUGAUCAACGCGGAUCAGACACACGUCUUUCUCGAGAUGCUGUAUGAGAGGACGUUGAAUCAGCACGGCAGCCAUUCCGUCCAGAUUCGCAGCGUAGGAUACGAGAAAGAAAGGCUAAUCGUGAUGCUGGCCGUCUCUGCAACCGGCCGCAAGCUUCCUCCCAUGGUCAUUUUCAAGCGCAAGACGAUCCCCAACAUCCGCGCCCCUCCAGGGCUCCUCAUCUGCGCCCACGAGCAUGGCUGGAUGGACUCUGGCCUAGUACAGGACUGGGUGCAGCAUGUCUUGCUGCCCUUUGUCCGCCCCCCGCCAGGUGUUGCAAGGUCCAAGACCUUGCUAAUACUGGACUCGUACCAUGGGCACCUGACGGACGCGGUGCUUGGCUCCCUCAGGUGGCAUCGCAUCACCCCAGCAAUCAUUCCGGGUGGUUGCACUCCCCUGCUGCAGCCGCUGGACGUGGUCAUCAAUCGCGCGUUCAAGGCAGGAGUGCGCCGCUACUACAACGAAUGGUUCGAGAACGAGGGGAUUGAGACUCUCACGGUCGCCGGCAACCUGAGGAAGCCGCGCCCUGAGGUGGUCCUGAGGUGGGUUGCGACCUCAUGGGAUGACGUGUCGGAGGAGCGUUCAAAACAUGUGGCAUCAGCAACAACCCCGAUGACAGGUGUGGCGUGGAGUGAGUACUAGUAUGCCAUGCUGAGGUUGUGUCUUCCUGCGAAUCUGUCGUGCUGAGGUUGUAUCUUGCUGUGACUCUGCCGUGUUGAGAGUGUGUCAUGCUCUGAGUCUGCUGUGCUGAGGCUGUGCUGUCCUGUGCCUGUACCGUGCCGUGAUUGUUCCCUGCUGGGGUUGUGUCAUGAAGUCUUGAUGACUUGCUGCCGUGCUCUGCCAAGUUGAUGGUUUAGGAAUGCCCUAGAGCUCCAGAGCAAUUGAUGUGUAGAGUGACUGGCUAGCAGACUGCACUGCCUAGGAUGUGCAGUGCAGCAAGAGUACAAACGAAACAAGAGCA